ACCCCCCAAAAACCAAACACACACGCUCCUUCCUAACCACUUCACAAACCCCCUCGCUCUCUCAGUCUCACUCUCUCUGAAACCAAAGCAACAAUGGCAGCCUCUGUCACCAUUUCACGCCUCCUCACAGCCCCCAGAUCUCUCUCCCUCUCCUCCACCACAACCAAAGCCUCCCUCUCCUCCACCACAACCAAAGCCUCCCUCUUCUCCCCCAAACCCUUUUCCUCAAAAUUCUCCUACACCCCUCUCUCCCUCAAACACCACACCAACCUCAAACCCCUCAACUUCUCCACCACCGCCGCAAAGCCCAUCUCCGCCGCCAUCUCCGUCGGCGACAAGCUCCCCGACUCCACCCUCUCCUACCUCGACGCCGCUGGCGACGUCCAGACCAUCACCGUCUCGGAGCUGACCAAGUCCAAGAAGGCCGUCCUCUUCGCCGUCCCCGGCGCCUUCACACCCACCUGCUCGCAGAAACACGUUCCGGGUUUCGUGGAGAAGUCGGCGGAGCUCAAGGCCCAGGGGGUCGACACCAUCGCCUGCAUUUCGGUCAACGACGCGUUCGUGAUGAAGGCGUGGAAGGAGAGCCUCAAGAUCGGAGACGAGGUGCUGUUGUUGUCUGAUGGGAAUGGGGACUUCACCAGGGCUUUAGGGGUCGAGCUCGAUUUGAGUGAUAAGCCGGUCGGUUUGGGAGUCCGGUCCAGAAGGUACUCCCUUCUCGCCGAAGAUGGAGUUGUCAAGGUGUUGAACUUGGAGGAAGGUGGUGCUUUCACUUCUAGUGGAGCUGAUGACAUUCUCAAAGUUCUGUGAGUUUUGAGGUUUUAACACUUUCGUGUUUUUGGUUCGAGUAGAGAUUACAUUGUAUGAUGUUUUGUUUGUUUGAUAAUAAUGGAUACGAUGCAAUCCCGUAGGGUUUUGUUUUGGUGAA